GGGAGUCUUCGUACGCGUGAGUCCGCGAGUGGUCUCGCCAGUAGGAUAUGGAACUUGUCGUGGAAUUGUUGUUAGAUCUGCGUGUAUGCGUCGCGUAACAUGAUAAUCUCAUCUCAUUUUGCAAACUCGCGUCUCACCCAUCUCCUGUCGCGGCCGUCGCUGGACCGUAACGACGUGUCAAGAGAGGCCGAUCUUCUGUGACAGGUGUGUGUGCGUGUGUGUAUGUGCGUGUAUGUGUUGUGUACGCUGUGCUGUGUAUAUACGUAUCCUCGAUGUGUCAUGCACGAUGGAGUACGCGAACGGCAUCGUCAUACGGUGGUGAUCACCGAUGAUACGCGGGGCGCGUUGUCAAGCAGCAAGAUCGGAGCAGCGAGAACACCCGUGGCUAUUGGCAAGACUCGCGAAGCGACGACGCGGAGUUGCGCUUCGAAUCGAUCGACGGACGAAGAGCGACGCUCGAAGGUAGUGAACGUCACGAAGAGAAGAAGACGACAAGAAAGAGUCGAUCCAACGUCGAAGGUGAGGUGAGGUGGAACCGGCUGAAAAAAAAAAGAAGACUAAAAGCGAAGAGGAGACGCGGCGUAGGAGACGGCGGAGAGGUCGAAAGGUUGAGCGACCUACGGACCACGACGAGAAAGAAGUGGCGGGAGGAAGAAGUGGUAGGAAAGGAGCAGGUGGAGGAAGAAGAGAACGACCGGCAGGAGAAGGACGCAGAAAUGAUCUUGGUAGGUGACUGGCAAAGUGCGAUGGUCGAUUUCUCAACGAAAGACAGAUAGCGCCGCCAUUAGUCGUCCUCGGGGCGCGGAACAUCGGGCCGAUGCGCGUUGCGGCCCUGGCUGUGGGUGAAGAGGGGGAGGGGGAGGGCGAAGAGGAAGAGGAAGAGAAAGAGACAGAAGGGAAGGAGAAAGAAGAAAAGGAAGAGAAAGAGAAAGGUGGAAAGGAGGAGGAAGAAGAGGACGACGACAACGACGAGGACGAGGAGGAAGCAACAGAAGGCCAAGUAGAGCAUCAUCACGGAGCGCGCGGGCCCAGAAUGUGCCCUGCGGCUGCGGCGGCAGCGGUGGGGGGCAGGAGUCCACGGUUUGCCAAGACGUCUAUGAUUGUAUUGCUGCUACUGUUGUUGCCCGUUUGGAUUCUGAAGAUCGUCGUCGAUGCAUCUCCCGUUCAUCCCGCAUCGCCGCACAGAGAUAUUACGCGCGGCUCAUACAUUAGGUAUUACGAGGCGGCUAUCUAUGAUACGGUGACCUUGAGACGUCAUCGUAACCGGAUACGCCGCGACGUUAUCUACUCUGAGCAACCUUUGAUUUUGCACCUGAAGACGCUCGACAGAUCCUGGACGAUACGCUUAGUUCGCGACGCGAGUCUGUUUAGCAAGGAUGUAUCCUUCGAAAGCACAAACGGCCCGAUAUCCUUCGACAUAUCGCAUUCUUACGUCGGUACUGUUUUGGAGGACGAGAGCGCCGUGGUGCAGGGCGUCGUUACAAAAGAUGGUCUCUUCGACGGCAGCGUCGUGACCAGAUUCGAAGAGUACUACAUCGAGCCGACGAGCAGGUAUUUGAAUAAGAAUGAAGACACGUCGCCGCCCUAUCACAGCAUAGCUUAUCGUACUUCUGAUGUUAUCACCCCGCCACAUCCAUUACCGUGCGCAAGUCAUCAGCUGCACCGGAAGGAAGCUUUUCGUAAUUCCUUCGAAAGGUACAGGUACAACAAUUCUCAGACAUUCUACGAGCCUUUGCUUGGCGAACACGUUGCUCUCUACUCGAGAGAAAAUAACGCGAGGGUGUUAACAUUAGAAAGGAAUAAUGAUGUUGAAUUCAUGAACGCCGCGAGUAGCAAAGAUCGGAUCGCGAGGCAUUUGCACAAGCGCGCAACGGUAGAUCCCCGGAAAACUACCUGUAUGCUCUACUUGCAAGCAGACCAUCAGUUUUUUGCGCGAUACGGCACGGAGGAAGCUUGUAUCGAGGUGAUGACGAGGCACGUGCAAAGAGUCAACUCCAUUUAUAAACACACAGAUUUCAACCAAGAUGGACGGCCAGAUAACAUCAGUUUUAUGAUAAAACGCAUUAAAGUGCACAGCGAAAUCGCAUUGAGAGAUCCCAAUUAUCGUUUUCCGGGCAAUUACGGCGUAGAAAAGUAUUUAGAACUCUUUUCAGAGGAGGACUAUGACGCGUUCUGUCUGGCUUACAUGUUCACGUAUCGGGAUUUCGAAAUGGGAACUCUGGGUUUGGCGUGGACGGGCGAUCUCAAGAAUGCCGGCGGCGUAUGUGAGAAGAACGGACAUUACCGCGGCAGCAUGAAAUCGCUAAACACCGGGAUAGUGACCUUAUUAAAUUACGGAAAGCACGUACCGCCUGCGGUCUCCCACGUUACUUUGGCUCAUGAGAUCGGCCACAACUUUGGCUCGCCGCACGAUCCAGAACAAUGUACACCGGGCGGUGAAGACGGUAAUUUUAUAAUGUUUGCCCGCGCUACCAGCGGCGAUAAGCGUAAUAACAAUCGCUUCAGCCCGUGCAGCCUGAACGCUAUAAAUCCAGUGCUGAACAGCAAGGCGCGUUCGCCGAAGGGAUGCUUCACUGAACCGCAAGUUUCGCUAUGCGGCAACGGCGUCGUAGAAGAGGGCGAGGAGUGCGACUGUGGCUGGGAAGAGGAUUGUAGAGACUCGUGUUGUUUUCCUCAGCGACGUUAUCCGCCAGCUGAGGAAACCCCGUGCACACUCACACCAGGCUCCAUAUGCAGUCCUAGUCAAGGUCCGUGCUGUACCGCCGAAUGUAAUCUCCGUUUUGGAGAUAAGUGCAGAGACGAUAAUGGUUGUCGCGACGCAAGCUUCUGCGACGGUCGUUCACCGUAUUGCCCACCAUCAAUUAACAAGCCUAAUAAGACUAUCUGCAAUGGUCGCGAACUAGUUUGCUUCAUGGGGGAAUGUACCGGUAGCAUUUGCUUAGCAUAUGGAUUGGAAUCUUGCCAGUGCAUACCGGGUCCGAACGAUUUAUCGACAAAGGCGUGCGAACUCUGUUGCCGACUUCCUGGUGAAAAUCAACCAUGCCUAUCGUCUUUUGACUGGAACUCUCCGCCGUACGAUAUCCCCGAUAUGUUUUCGAAGCCUGGAACUCCGUGCAAUGAUUACAACGGCUACUGCGAUGUAUUUCAAAAAUGUCGCGAGGUUGAUCCAAGCGGUCCAUUAGCGACUUUAAGAAAACUCUUAUUAUCCGACGAAAGCCUUGCUACUUUUAGGCGGUGGGUCGCUGAACAUUGGUAUGCUGCUGCUUUGAUAGUGUUGGCAGCAAUAUCAUUACUGGUGGCCAGCAUGAGAUUACUGGGCAAACGACCGGACUUGAAGCUAAAGUCUGUCACGAUAAUCCACAGUUCUACGACGGAAACGGUUCGACUUCCGCCGGAGGGUGCGGAGGGAGUGACGGUACAUCCGCCAGCAGUACGUGCAAAACUUCCUCUCAGUAGAAAAGUCAGAGAAAAGAGGCGUCAUCGCAAACAUAAAGACAGCGGCCAUGUAGAUAAUAAAUCUAACAAUAAGGACGUCAUAACGAAAAAGAAACAACCAAAUCAGCAAAACAAGAGAUUAUCCACCGGACAAGUAGACGACUUCGUACGGAAGCGACCUGCCGAAGCUCUAGCUGCUGCUGCGCAGGAGAACAAACGGAAGAAAACUACGUCAACAAAAGACAAAGGACAAAGUGUCGGUAACAAUACGGUGAACGGCGACAACGACAAGAGAAAGCGCAAGAAGCAGCACAGAAAGGAAGUGAUCGACUACUCGGCGAUUCAGGCGGAAAAGGAACCAGAGCCGAACGCCGAUCCCAAGAACAAAGUGCGUUCCUGGUUACUGGCGUCCUCGCAGUGUCGACCAGAGACUGGUGCGCGAAAUAACGUGAACGGUUUGCCGAAAAGCAAGUCGACUCCGGUAGGGCUGACGACCGGCGGGGCAGCGGGAGCCAAACCGACGGUGUCGAGGCAACAGGCUUUAACGUCCACGCGACGACUCGGUGCGGAAGCCGGACGAGCGGAACUGAAGAAUUUGUCCAGUUCUCUCGCCAGAAAGGAACGGGCAAGGCUCCAAGUUGUAUAUAAACCGCCAUUCCGAUUCAGUGUAAAGCUACGCAAAUCCGACAAGGUGGCUCAAGCGCCAGCCACAGCUAUGAAUCACGCAAACGCGAGCGGCAGAACAGCGAAGCUGCCAAGAACCGGAGUGCUUCUGCGAACGGCUAAAAGAAAAGAUCGCGUCAGGAUAGGCAGAGCGCGACAAAUCGCUCCAACUGGUAUCAGGAAUAGCGGCAGUGAUCUACCAGAACCGGCCAAUUCCGAUCUGCACACCGUACCUUCCGACCUGGAGGUACUAUUGUCCGAAAGCGAGUUUCUCUUCUCGGACACGUGACCAUUGAUUUCUAUAACGAGCGUGUUCGCGUUUUAUUUCGAGCCAGGCGACCAAGGAACUCUUAUAUUUUUAUUCCUUUUCUUAGCGCGAACAGAUCACUUUAAAAUACGCGGAAUAAUAAUUUCGUACAUAUAACAUUGAAUUGCUAGCUCGUGCGCGGAAGAAUCCUAUCUAAAAAUAUGAAAAGAAAGGUUGUCGCCUGA